AUGGAUCCACCAAACAAAUUGGACCCCCUUGGUUUCUUGGAUCCUUCUCCUCAAAGCUCAAUUGAUUCUAUUGAAUUUCGAAAACAUCUUGCCUCCAUGGCCGAGGAUCAUCAGUCGAAGAAGGCAGCCGCCUCUGAGUUUUCAUACCUGGCCUCAGAGAAUUUGAAUACGCCCCAAUCGUCUAAGAUUCGGACCCAGGAGACUGAAAAUCCCUCCUUUGAUUCCAGCAAAAACGAUUCUCAGCUCCUCCACUUGAGAAACCAAUCCGGAGCCAGUGGAUACGAACAAUCAAAGCACAGAUUGACAACUGAUUCAUACGGAUUACAAACACCAGUGCUCCAAGGCGAAGAUUUUCUCGCUAACCUUCAUCUGCCUGCUCUGGACUUCAGCAAGUUCAAGGCUCCCAGGACAAGAGAAUCAUACUUGUCCCAGUACUCUGGCAAAGUAGAUAGAGUUGACGAUAUGGGUGCUCAAGCGACUGUUAAACUUGUCAGGCACGACAGCACCAAGAAGGAAGAAAAAUCCAAAGAUGUUUCAACUAACUCAGUUUCACCAAGCCAACUGUCCCUUCAAUCUGGAAAGGAACCUUCCAUCAAACUAGGAAAGCUUCCAACUGUAACAAAGUCCUACUCACCAGAAGAAGACUCUAAGCUGCCUGAUAUUUCAUACACAACAAAUAUUGAAGGAUCUGUCCCUCCUAGAUCCAAUAGAAGACCUCUUUCACUGGCAGUUUCAUCAAGCAUAGAUAACGAUCACCUGAACGAAGAUUUGGAAAACAGCAUUGUCGAGAACGUGGAAAAGACCCCAGAUACAAAGUUUAAACAAAGACGUUCCAGAGCAUUCUCAGGUACCUUAAACCAUGAUCUCGACCAGUUAAUGCUUAGUGCCAACUCCUUGAAAUCAGAGGAGUCUCAUGACAUCCCAGAAGAACAAAAACCCACGAUUUCUGACACUUCUGCAAACCUCGCUAGAGAAACAGAAGCUGGACCAUCGGCGAAAGAAGACUUCCAAGGCUUUGGAGGAAAUUUGCCAGGAUCCAACAUCACUCUUGAACCAAUAGAGCGUCCACAAUUGCAAGAAAUCCCACACGAUGAACGAGAAAUAAGUAACACCAAGUCCAUCAAAUCUCAUAACAGUGUACGGUCUGGACAUCUGGAACCUGAUCUUCAUCCAAAAGAUUCUACGGACACAUUUCAGACUGCUGAAAGUCCUGGCGAAUUACACUCCGAAAAAUUGAGAUCAAAGACUCCGACUUCGAGUCUACCACCAAGACCAUCGCUCGACAACAUAAUCAGAGCCAGAGAAGCUUCUGCCAGUUACCAAAUUAGGGAGCUGCCUGAAUCAGAAGAAGACGAGAAUGCCACUGCCAAGUUAGAAGAAAUCGACAACCUGAAAGAGGUGACUCAGCCAGAACAGGAAUUGGAUGUUGCCGGUGAACCAAUUGUUACACCACAUAUUAAUCAAGGAAAUGACGAUAGUUAUAUUGACAUUGAAGAGCCUAGAUUGGUCCACAAACCAUCAAGAGGGAAAUCUGUCAAAGACUCCACCAGACGACACACUCACAAGAAGUCCAAGACUGUCAAAACAAAACAGGCUAAGGGAACAUCAGCAAACUUGAAACCUUUUUCAUACAAUACCUUGAUUAAUUUGCUUGAAAGUAUGAACGGAACAAUCAUAGGUGAGGAGUUCUCCCAAUUGAAUUUGCCUAUGAAAGAGAAGCAAUUAAUAGAAAAAAUCGUAGACUCCUUGUCCCGAUUGACACUGGAUAUGGUUCUUGAUCAAAGUAGAUAUGAAAUUGGUAUUCAGAGAUUGGAGAAGGCAUUGCGUGUACUCGAAGGCUUUAUGUGA